AUGGGCCGUCUCGAGGUGCUCACGGCGAGGGACGGCCUGCUGCCGCGCUCGGCGUGCCGGUACCAGCGGCUGCGCGGCGGCACAUCGCCGGCGCCGGGCGGGAGAGUCAGGACGAGGGCGUGCAAGGCGGCGGGGAGGUGGGGGGCCACCACCACCACGACCAGCGGCGGCAAGCGGCUGCGGCUCCGCCUGCGCCUGGUGCGGCUGCUGCUCCUGCUUCCCGCGCGCCGGGUGGCCGCGCUGGUCGCGGAGCUCGUGCGGCGGCUGGCGGCGGCGGCGGAGGCCGCCGCGGACUGCCCUGCCAUUGUCUUCUCCUCCCAGUGGGGGCUCCCCGUGCUGUCGCACUCCGCCAGCACCGCCAGCAGCAGGAGCUCCAGGCUGCGGGCCUUCUACCUCGACAGGAGCCUCUCCGCCGGCUCCUCCUCCGGCACCGGCGGCUCCCCGUGCUGA